UCUCCACGAGGGGGGGUUAAAGGCCCCCAAAAUAUGCAUAUAUGAAAAGGCCAAAAAGUAACCGUCAGUGACAGGGAGUCUUAACUAGAGAAGGAAACAGGACCAAACUGGCGGGCUCGGUGAAAGCGCAGUCGGCCGCGUCCCGGACGAGGAGCUUCCUGAACAAUUGUGUUCCUAUGCAUAAAGAUGUCUUUGGUGGACUUGGGGAAGAGGUUGCUAGAAGCAGCAAGAAAAGGCCAAGAUGAUGAAGUGAGAACACUGAUGGCAAAUGGUGCCCCAUUCACCACAGACUGGCUUGGAACAUCACCCCUCCACCUUGCAGCCCAGUAUGGUCAUUAUUCCACAGCAGAGGUGCUCCUUCGAGCAGGCGUUAGCAGGGAUGCCCGGACCAAAGUGGACAGGACCCCUUUGCACAUGGCUGCAGCUGAUGGACAUGCACACAUCGUGGAACUUCUUGUUAGGAAUGGUGCAGAUGUGAAUGCCAAGGACAUGCUGAAGAUGACGGCUUUGCAUUGGGCCACAGAGCACCACCAUCGAGAGGUUGUAGAGCUGCUCAUCAAAUACGGAGCUGACGUCCAUGCCUUCAGCAAGUUCGAUAAGUCUGCCUUUGACAUAGCCCUGGAGAAAAACAAUGCUGAGAUUCUGGUCAUCCUUCAGGAAGCAAUGCAGAAUCAGGUGAAUGCUAAUCCCGAGAGAGCCAACCCUGUGACUGUGGCCACCCCAUUCAUCUUCACAUCAGGAGAGGUUGUCAACCUGGCAAGCCUUGUUUCUUCAGCCAACACCAAAACAACCUCAGGUGCUCCCUAUGCCUCCUCAACAGCACUCUUCUCAAAUUCUACCGCCUCAGUGCUGGCCACCCUUGCAGCUCUAGCUGACGCAUCAGCCCCCCUCUCCAGCUCACACAGAGCCGCAGCUAAUUCUGAGGAAAUCAUGGAGGGAAAUUCUGUUGACUCAUCAAUCCAGCAAGUGGUGGGGAGUGGAGGCCAGAGGGUCAUCACCAUAGUGACCGAUGGAGUCCCUCUGGGUAAUAUCCAAACUGCAAUCCCUACUGGGAACAUUGGUCAGCCAUUUAUUGUAACUAUGCAAGAUGGACAGCAAGUUCUAACUGUACCUGCUGGUCAGGUUGCAGAGGAGACUGUCAUUGAAGAAGAGGCAGAAGAAACAGAGAAAUUGCCACUGACCAAGAAACCAAGGGUAGAAGAGAUGACAAACAGCGUGGUGGAGGAAAGCAAGGAAGGCACUGAGAGAGAGCUACUUCAGCAGCAGCUCCAGGAGGCUAACCGAAGAGCCCAGGAAUACCGACACCAGCUCCUAAAGAAAGAGCAGGAGGCAGAACAGUACCGCCUCCAGCUGGAGGCCAUGGCCCGACAGCAGCCCAAUGGAGUUGAUGGCACCGUGGUUGAAGCGGUGGCUGAAGCAGGCGCUGUAGCAGUCACAGGGAGGGAGACAGCGGACAGAGAGGCACAAGUGACUGGGGCGGGAGGGCCCCCAGAGCCUCAUACUGGAGUUUCCAUGGAAACUGUUUCAUCUUAAUGUGCAAGGGCCACAACUUGUACUGUGCCAUCUUUUUCCUCUUUUUAAAAGAAAAUACAAGGACAAACAUUUCAUAAAAAUUAAGAAUGUCCUAAAGAAGAAAACUAUCGCAGGGUACAAUGCUUGGGCUCAGGAAGGCUCUCUAUGCAACUGGAAAAUUCAAAGCCAAAUUUAGGAAACAUAUCUUCUGAGUGACCAAAAGGAAAAGGACCAAGUUUCUCAGCUCACAUCAUUGCUUUAAGCAUAGAGCUGAAAGAAUGCUGGACGUUGUGGAUUGAUUGUUUUUUAAAAAACUGACUUUCUAUCAAAAGAUUUUAAAAUAAUAUUCCUAAUACGGACACACUCAGAGCCUUUAAUGGUUGCACCAUCAAGCGACCUGAAAAGUUGCCUUAGAUUUAUGAUGUGUACCCGUUAAAGAAGAAAUCUAACUGAAAAAAAAAAGAAAGAAAGAAAACUAAUGGAGAGGAGAGAUUAGAAGCAAGCUUUGGGGAAAAGAAAGAACUAUAUUCCACUUCCAAAGGAGAAGGCAGGCACUCCCCACUAUUCUGGGUUAAUUUCACUGAAAAGAAAUUUGUGAUUGUCUGAAUGAAUUUGCAUCCAUUGUGUGUCCGUAGCUCAGAUGCCAGUUUAAAAGAAACAGACAUAGAAUUUUUAAAAACUGGAAAGGAAAGAAAACUUGAUGUGGGAGAAGUGUAUAUAAAUCCAAAAUCCUGCAGGCUGUGCUUCUACAAUGCUGGAGAGUGGCCAGAACGAGGCUUGUGGGGUUAGGAAGCAAUCUGGUCUCAAGAUACCAACUUUGCUGGCUGGAUUUUAUAAAAUCGCAAUCAAGAGGGUAGUCUGUUGUUAGAACAGCUUGCUUCCAAACAUUUAUUUAUGUAGUAUCAGGCUUUAAUACCAACUUUUUAUUUUAUAAACAUCUGAGUUUUCUAAGUGUGCCUUUCUGUGGAGUUUACAUGGUAUCCUCUCAUAUGCAAGGAGAGGAGAGGUGAAUGCUGAGGAUGCUGUGUAGUUUUUUUCCAUCUGAUUUGGGAUGAGUAAUUGCUCUGUUUCCUUGAGGUCAGGUCUUGUGCAGAGCUUUUGUGCCUUAAAGGUGCUCAGUGUGUUGGCAAAGGGAGUAACAUCAGUGCCAUAAAGCAAGGAACCAAAGAUUCUGGCCAGACACUUCAUCACCUUACUCCCUUCUCUCCCACUAUGCCAGCUCCCUUUGCCUAGACACUUUGGGAAAGUGUUCCAUUGCUGAGACUUUUUUGUUUGCCAGCUUAGAGUUUUUUAUUUUAAAGAAAGGGAAUAUGGAUGGAGAGAGAAGGGUUGUGGAGAGGUUACAUUACAAAGGUUAUUGCCUUUGAAAUUGUGUCCUCAUCAUCCUGGACUUGCAUGUUUGCUUGCUUUGUUGUAAAUUAGAAGCAACCAGAGGGAGAUGUGCCAAGUAAACAUUUGAAUGACUGUUUAGAAUACUCUUUUCUUAAUCAGCAAUCAUGGGGAAAACAUACAUUUUUAAUUUGGAAUAAAACUUGACAGUUAACAUGGUUCUGUUUACCUUGAUUAGUGAAGGAAUUUGCUGCAGUUUUCCAGAGGUGCAGAAUCAUUUGGGGCCCAAAAUAGACUGAAAACAGAACUCCCCAAACCAAAUUUAACAAACAGAAUUGGCUAUUAGAGGCUUAUAGGCAAAAAUAUCAGUUUCUAAAAUUAAUCUUGGCUCCUGGCCACCUUAGCUAGGUUUUCUCAAGUACUGAGCACUUCCCAGAUUACUCUGCGCUGUAGGGGAUGAUGGAGAAGUGCAGAGGGCCAGCCUAGGUAAGAGUGAGAGUAAAAUUGUGGUAUCUGCUGUUAAAUCAUCCUGUUACUGUUCGCAGUGUUUUUCCUUUUCUGAGUCCCUUUGUGAAUCAGGUGCUGACAAUAAGCUGCUAUUGUGUGCCAUUUCAGAGCUUUAGCUUAACUAUAGAGGGACCAGGUGUCUUUUUAGAUGUAUUUUGUGUGUUCUUGGUGUAUAUAUUGACUUUAAUUCCUUCUUUUUUUCUGUCCUGUAAAGAGGGUGGAGAUUAACUCUGCAGAAGAUAUCCAGGCCCAACCACCUCACCCUCUGAGGUAGCUUCUGACUGGUGGCAGGGGGUUUCCAUCCAACACUCCCUUCUGAGCAUACAGAGUCCAUACUGUUUUGGAACUAUUUAGAGGUUUUCUUUAUUCUUUUUCUGUAAGAGACUCUCUUUCUCACCCCCAAAAUACAGCCCAAGUUACUUUUGAUGAUGGGGUCUCUGAGAUAGGGGGUUAAAAGAGAGGUUGGGAUAGGGAGAGAAAGAAGGAACGUGUCUGGAAAGGGCUCGGUAGCAAAAAGGCAUUUGUUUUUGUUUACUUGGAAUAGCCCUUUUCGCAUCCCAGAGAAGGGAAGUAGGAUUUGACCUCCAGUUGUAUUGCCAUAGAGAGAAUGUUAGGUCGGGGUCCCUUGAAGUAGUUAGAAGUUAAAUAUUAAAGACAUUAAUGGCAGUACUGUUCUGUGAUUUUGCAAUUUUUUUGAAUCAACAUGGAAGUUGGGAAAAUGUUGCUAGAUCGUCCGGGUUAGGGGAUUCCAACUGGCUUAUUAGCAAGGUUGGAUUACAGAGAAUCAAAUAACAGACAAGUGGUUCAGAGGUGGUACUUGAGCAGGAGAAACCUGGAGCUUAGGAUGGUUGCCUAUUUUAAAAUAAAGCUGCUUUAAUAAUAUCAGUAUUAAUAUAGGAAUUUUAGAUCCUGCAUUUGCAUUUUGAUCUUAAGCUUUCCCCUAAAAAAGAGAAAGAAGUAAAUCUUAAUAUUUCUGUUCUUGUUCCUAGCUUCAGGGAAGUUACUUACAUAUGUAUAAAUGUGCAUUCCCUUCCUGUCACUACCUCUGUGGGAUCUCUUCAUUGUAAUGCCAGAGUUGAGGUCUCCUAAUUGAAAUAUGGGAGAACUUGGCUUUAGGUUUUCUGUGUUUUGAACUCAGCACCUUAAAAGAUGUUCUUUUUCUCUGUCAGAUCUGUGUUUCAUAAUUUUUGGCUUUGCUUCUCCCCCUUCAGCCUUCCUAUUGCAUUAUUAAAAUUUUUGUGUCUGCUCAGUAAUGUUAGAAAUCUACAGCGUACAUUCUUUCUUUAUAUUGCUAAAAGAAAUGAAUUUACCAGAGGGCUCUCCAGUUGAAGUUAACUUAUUUUGUGAAGAGGGCAUUUUUACACCCCUUUGCUGUGUGUCUAUUAGUGUGUGUGUUUAUAAAUACAUACGGAUUUUUCCACUUUUAUCUUUGUUUAUUUGGGGUUCAACUCUAAAGUACCUGGUAAAGCUGGAAAUAUUUUUAUUUCAUUAAACACAUUAGAGAGGGUUUCUUUAGAUUCAUUAAAGGGACUGAGGAAGAAAAAGCAUUAGUUGGGCUCUUUUCUGAGAGGCAUACUCAACAGGCACUAAUGAGAAACCUGAGGAGUGAGGCCCUCGGGAGAGCCAGUACCCAGCUUUGCAAAGAUUUCUUUAACAUAUCAUGUGAUGACAUCAUGUAAAUUGAAAGAUUCAGGGUAGUGUCAGGGGUGGAGAUAGAGCUGCCUUUCCACAGAGUGAGCCUCCUUUCUGCUCCUAUGGCAGCUGUUGUGACUGGCCUUUGUACAGUUUCUUACACCCCUGAACAGAAAAGAAACCCUAGGUAAAGGUCCAUGGCAGGAGCAGACAUUCUGUACAUUUACUUUCCCAGUUUAGAUAUCUCAUCCUUUUAAGAAAUUAUUUUGCAAAAGCUUGCAUGGCUCUUCCCUAACAAACAACAAUAUGGGCCUCCAGAGCUAGAAGAUUUGAGGCGUAUAGUGAACUCUUCCCAGAAGUUUAACAUUGAAUGGGAAUUAGUUUUUGUCCAAAUUUAUUGGUGAAUGGCCUCCUAUUUUCCACUCCUUGUGUAGACAUCUCUGUAUGGCCAGAAAGGGAGCUUUAGAAUGGAAAUCAUAUGAAAACUACCUAUGUGCUGCUCUAGGCUCUUAUCUAUUUCCAUUUUAUGUGAUAUUUUCCCCUUCUGAGUUUGUAAUCUGUUUCCUUUGCCAAUGUAUUUAACAAGAGACCAGGAGCAAGAAGGAUGUGAAUUCGAAUUGAGUAGCUUUGAACCUCUGGUGCUGCCUUUUUUUUUUUAAGCCCCUCUAAGAUUUGGGGGUGGGGUGAUGUCCCUAGACUCUAGACUCUACAGUAGCAAUUUGGCUUGUUAAUGGCAGGAAAUUGUGAUUCCCUCUCUCUCUCUCCUCCCCUUUCCCCUAUAACUACUUCUGCUUCUGUGACCCCAUUGUUCUUAUCUCAUUGAGUCUUUCCCAGGCAUUAGAACUUAAUUAGUAGGUCAUUUCUAAUAUCUAUGGGCCUUGUCUUUCCUAUUUCCACUCCCCUCCUUCGCUGCCAUAUAUUUUCUGUUUAUUCUUAAGUGGUUUGUUUCUGAGAAUUAAUCUAGGUCACACCCUGUAUCCUGUGCUUCCUAGUUUGCUUUCAGGCAUCUUGCUCUAUCAACAAACUAAUGCUAGCAGCUCCCUUCUCUGGUUUUGCCCUGUGUACUGUCCUUCUGCCAAGGCCAUUUGUGGGAACAGAGAGAGGGUAGGUGGGGUGCCUAGACUCUUCUCAAAACAUCUUCAGUUUUUCAGGUUUUCAGACAGCUUUAUGUACAGUAUGUUUUAGGAAAACUUAAGUAUACUUCUCUUUUAUUUAGGAUUUUAAUAAAAUAGGGUUUGAUUCUGAUGAGGAAGUCCGUGUGUGCGAGCAUUUGUAUGUAUGUACACCUAUACAGAUCUAUAUUAUAUAUACAGGUUUUGUACUAUCAUUUAAAAUAAAAAGAUGUUUCUUAAUAAAUUGUCAGUCUUACCA